AUGUCCUUCCGCCUCGCCUCCCGCAUACUACCAGCCCUCCGCCGGCCAACCGUCAUCACAACCCCGAGAGGAACAACCCCAAACCUCUUCGGCCCAGAUUAUUCAUACUCUACCAUGGCCCAACCGGCGCCUAACGAGCCGCAGUUUGCACCGGCCGUAACGCCCGACUCCAUCAAGUCCAUUCUUACAAACAAGCUUGAGGCACAGCAUGUAGAAGUCGAGGAUCUAUCAGGAGGUUGCGGCCAAGCGUUCCAGGCGAUAAUAGUAUCCCCGCAGUUCGAGAGCAAGACGACGCUUGCACGGCACCGACUGGUCAACUCUGCGCUGAAGGCCGAGAUAGCAGCCAUCCACGCGUGGACGCCCAAAUGCUAUACGCCCGAGCAAUGGGAGAAGACGAAGCAGUAG